AUGUAUGCAGCACGCCCACGUCCAGUGGCAUGGCUUGCGUCCCAUCCGCUCACCUCCACUUCCAUUCUCCCCAGCCCCGCCCCAACCUCUUUCACCUCCGCGAGACUCCCCCACCGUCUUCGUCACGUCGCGCGCCGCCCUCGCCACCCAACCAUCCGUCGCCGCGACACCCCCCAUGCCACCGGCCUGUCGCCCUCGUCAGGACCCGACCGUCCGCCAGGCGCCCCGCCCCCCUCACCCGCUAACGAUCCACGCGGAAUCAACGGCACCUUACCCUUCUACGUUGCCCUUGUCGCCGCCCAGGCCCUCCCGUUCAUCUUCCCCCACUCGGGCGUCGCCGGAGACUUGACCUACUUCACCACCACCGCCGUCGCCGCCUUGAUCAUCGGCUGCCGCCGCGCCCCGUUGGAGCCCUUUCAGUCCCAGCCCAUUUCAAAGACACAGGCUAUCGCCGCCCCUUUUGCAGCCUCCACCUUUUUGUUUGGAAGUUACCUGCUUUUGAAGUACACCACCGUCAACAUCGGCGCCAUAUUCAAUGGCCUCACCACUUUUGCGGGCACACUCUGUCUGAAGGAAGCCUUGGACCCCGUGUUUCAUUCUGCCUUGUCCUUGGCCGGCCUGCAGGACCUCGUCCUGUGGCAACAGAACAGUCCACUGCCGACUGCGGAAGGUGACAACAUUGAGCCCGCCCGCCUAUCUUUGGGCCCCGCGUUGGCAUCCGUUGCGGCCAUCGCCACUACCGUCGCGUACUUGUCGCACGUCGAGCCCACGUUUGUGUUCUCGAACAUGAUUGCGCUUGGCAUUUGUGCGAGGGUAGUCAGCCUCGUUCGACCAGACUCGUUUGUUGUGGCAGCCGGCCUGCUCUGCGGGCUCUUCUUUUACGACAUCUUUUGGGUGUUCGGGUCGGAGGUGAUGGUUUCCGUCGCCACCCAGAUUGAUUCGCCGGGCAAGCUGCUGUUUCCGCGGGACGUUGCAGAUGUUGCGAGCUCGACAGUCAAGUACCCGUACGCCAUCUUGGGGCUUGGAGAUGUUUGCAUUCCUGGAAUCUUCGUGAGCCUGGCGCAAGCUAUGGAUUCCGCGCUAGUGCAGGUCAAAAAGGGAGCGAGCGAAGGGGAUAGCCCGUAUUUCGUUGCGGCUGUCGCGGCGUAUGGGGCGGGGUUGUUGAGCUGCUUUGUUGCAAAUCUCACGACGCAUGUGGCGCAGCCGGCGCUGCUCUACCUCGUCCCAGCUCUUAUACUCAGUAGUUUGGGGAUGGGUAGCGCCAGAGGGGAACUCAAUGAAGUCAUUGGGUUUAAGGUGAAAACAGGAGCAGAGGAAACGCAAGAAUAGAUGACGCCGCAUGGAGAUGUGGUGCUAACGACUAUAGACCAGUUCGAGUCACAUAUGGAACACCUCUCACACAAUGCAACUAUACUGGGUGUCAUCGGGCUCAUGGAAGAUACGGCACGGUGACCCAUGGGGAUUUUUCACGAGCUUCCUGACGUACACUAAUAUUCGUAGUGGGCUCUUCUGUAGUUUUGAUGCCGACUUCCUAUUUUGUCGAACAGUCACUUCUGCGGCAUUCGUUCGGCAUAUCCCAAGUGCUUUUCUACCACAGCUUCGAAGACGAACUACUUCCGCCAGGCACCAUUUCCCCAGUUCGCCUCCUGUUUCGGAUAGAAACGCACAGUUCGCUCUCCCUUGCUGCUUCGGAUCACGAUCCACACGAGUGAAGAGUGAGGGUUGAUAAUCCGACCCCUACAGUUUCCCGUACCGUAUUGGAUAAUCCGAACAGGAAGGAAAAGCGACGCAGUGUAAAAAAAAAUGGGACAGCUUGCCAUUACAAUAGA